AAGGAGUGUGUCUGUGUCAGUGAGGACCCGUAUGAAGCGAGCCUAAAAAAAAACCCUUGGGCUUAUGCGAAUUGGAGUUGAUUGAGAGUACCGCGCUCUAACCAUUCGUUUUUUGGCGCUUCUUUUUGGCGACUUUUCUUCUUUACAGUCACCGGCGAGAAAGGAAGAAACGGCGACUGAUAAUAAACCGAUCUAUCUAUGACUUGGUGGGAAGGCGUUCAAGAAUCCCGCGUUCUCGUUGCCCCUGAUCCUGGUACCGAUGGAAAUGGUUCUGGACAAAUGAUAUCGCUUCGUCAUCCCAAAUCUGGAAAUGCAACGCAAUAUCUAUUUGUAAAUGGAAUGCUACAAGAAUUUCAAUGGUUUAAGAACUUGUAUGGGUCUUGGUUUUUGGGAGAUUAUACAAGUGAAGAUGGUCGACUGUAUUUAUCCACGCCUGUUGAUCCUGUUUUCAUCAUGCUGCCCAUAUUUGAGGAAGCUAGAAUGAAGAAAGGCGACGAUCUUGGCAAGUUCAGGCAAUUGGAUGAGAUAUUGUUUAUUGAUGGGUAUCCAGGAUAUCAGCAGUUAAUGGCGCUUGUGGAGAACUGUAUGCAAGUAGUUUGUGAAGUCAAAGAAGUUGGAUCCUUAAAAUUCUUUAGACUCGAUGACACAAUGGUUCUGCGUUGGCUUUGCUAUAAGGUCUGUCAGCUGAAACAGACACUGCCCAAGUUAGACAAAAACUACGCCGUUCAAUCAGAGAAAGACACUUUGGUUGAUGCGGUUUCAAUAUUAGGAGAGUAUUUAAAUGAAGAGCACUGGUUGCAGCCUUUGUGUAACCAUCUUAAGUUAAAUAUACUUGAGGUGACAGGAAAAUUACAACAAGCAAAUGCCGAGGAAAGUAAUCCCGGUUUGUAUAAUGAUGUAUUCCAGGAGGAACAGAAUAAUGACAAGAAGGCUACAGUUGUGAAGAAGGGUAGACAAGCAAAGAAAAUAAAACUUGAGACAGAAUCACAUAACAUCAGAGAUAUGUUUUCCAGGGCCUCCAGGAAGAAAAACUAAACGAUUCCAAUGAAACUGGUGAAAAUUGAAAUAGGUCAUUGUCAUUUUGUAUCAUUUUCUACAAGUAGUAUGUAACAUCAUGAAAUUUAUUUUAUCAUCUCUUAUUUUACUUUUCGUUCAUAUUUUGAUAAAGAAUUACUUUUCUACCUUU